CAACGAUUCCUCUCUUUUUGACCGUGGUCAAACCAUGGACACGCAAUUUCUGUCUAUAAAUAGACACUUAUUCUUGUCAGUCCAAGUCGAACAUCCAAAGUGCAAUGCGCGCAAUGCCCAGUAAACUAUCAGAACCAGUCUACAGGAGCAGAACUCGCCUGCAGUUCUCCAUUGGCACCGUGCAAGAAGACACGUUCAUAAUCGGGUCUAACAAUGGGCCGGAAAGGGUCGCUGGUGUAAAUGAGCUUACAUUAGGGUAAAGGGUUGCAUUAAAGUGUUGCAUCAGAUGGUAUGGUUUAUGUCAGAUGCUAGUCGAAACGUGACAAGAUGUCACAAAACAAUAAUUUCUUAGCCAUCCCGGAUGAAAAAGAUCUCUUCGUCCCGGUGAAGAAUGAAAGCAAUUCUCCCGUGGAUGACGAAGACGAGGAAAAUAAGGAUGAUAGUCGACUCAUACCCAGAUCCUCUCCCGUGCCCAGGAAGCGCGGCCCUUCGAUUGCUGAUGAGACGGCGGAGUAUAUGCGAAUUCGAAAUCAUUUUAAACGCCGAGUGUCAUUCGCUGAUUCCACAGGUGGAGAUCUGAUAGAUGUCAGAGAAUUCAACGCGUUUGAUGAAGAUGAAGACACCGAAAGAUGGGAGGCAGAGGAAGCUCGUUAUCGCACCGCCAUACGCGAACCAACCUACCGCCUGUCUCCAGAGUUUCAGGAGUUAUCUGGCGAUGAGUUGAUGAGAGCUGUGCGCGCCGGUAAAGUCGAGGUGCAGCGCGUGUCUUUCGAUGCAGACGAGCCAUUGGAAUUCUCCGGAACGAUUCGUGUGCUCAAUAUUUCGUUCAGCAAGUCAGUGUACAUCCGUUCUACCAUGGACGGUUGGGGCACCUACUUUGAUUAUCCGGCAGAUUAUGUGGAAGAUUCUAAUGAUGGAGAGUCCGACCAGUUCUCGUUUAAAUUAUCCUUUGCACCUCCUUUCCUUUUCGACGGCGCGCGAAUUGAUUUUGUGGUGCGCUAUGAAACGUCAAAUGGAGACUUCUGGGCUAACAACUCUGGCAAGAAUUAUUCGGUUACUCUUCAUGUUACAUAUGAAGACCCUUUCGCUCAAGCCUCUGGGAUUGAUGUGCAUAGCCUGAGGGGUAUACUAAAGCCAGGAAAGGAGUAUGAGUAUGACUCUGAAGAUGACGAUGAUGAAGGUACACUUGGGCCUAGGAGACUAGAGCCUGAGGAGCGGCCACGGCCCGUGCAGCCUGUGAUCGUUCAUCCGGAGAUGGACAUCGAUGUGGGAGUUCAGGAGCAGGGAUCUCUCUCGUCCACGUCCACGUCCACGUCCACAUCAGACCAUGUGCAAAUAACAGUACAAACAACAACAACAACAAAAACAACAACAAUAACAACAAAAGAAGGCUCAGCCUGUUCUAGCAUUGCCACAGAGUUCACACCGACUGCCCCAGCCACAGAGAUGAGCCCAGCUGAUCAGCAGGACACCACAACCCAAGCCAACGCAUCACUGCCACUGUCAGAACCAGAACAAGAAUUUGGAUCAGAAAUUAACCACCCACUGCAGACACAGCAAGAGACCGAACCAGCGGUCCAGGAAGAGGUGGAAGAUGGGGAUGUAACUGCAAUCCCAGCAUGCCAUGGUGUGAUACCAGCACUGACACCAGCCAUGCCACCUUCUGAGACUAGUGACGUACCAGCCAUGCCACCUUCUGAGACUAGUGACGUACCAGCCAUGCCACCUUCUGAGACUAGUGACGUACCAGCCAUGCCACCUUCUGAGACUAGUGACGUACCAGCCAUGCCACCUUCUGAGACUAGUAACGUACCAGCCAUGCCACCUUCUGAGACUAGUGACGUACCAGCCAUGCCACCUUCUGAGACUAGUGACGUACCAGCCAUGCCACCUUCUGAGACUAGUGACGUAGACCCAAUACUGGUAGUAGCAACAGAUAUACCUCACCAGUUAGAACUCCCUGAGCUAGCUGCCCCACCUCUGCCUUUAGAUCAGGAAAUAGAUGUGAACAGGGAGGAAGAUGCAGGGGUUACAUUUGCUGAAAAGAUGGAGGAGUUUGAGGGUAUGGAAGAGGAGUUUGAGAUGGAGGUAGAGGUGGUUGGAGGGGUAGACGAGGAGCUUCGAGAGAUUGAAGAGGAGACUGACACCAGUGAGAGGCUGGAGGGGUCAGAGAGAAGCGCCAUCACAGAGCAGAAGUCACCAGCCAGCUCGCAUAGCCUUGAGGAACGUGUAUCGAAUGAGAGCGCAGAAGACAUCGGAGAAGAAAUCGCUCCGUUGAGAGAACACGCCGACCUCAAGGAAGUCCCUCAGGUGAGGCCACGGCCGCUGACGUCAACGGAUGACUCCUCCAGCAGAGUGGAGAUCUCCGGGGGGCCAGAGCUUAGACUGAGGGAAGAAUCUGCUCAAGCUGCAGGAGAGGACGUGUCUUCCUCAGUGAUGUCCCAUUCGUUCCCCACCUACCGAAGCCCCAUCCACCCAGGGCCAACAGGCGAAGACUGUAAGACCCAGAGCCGGCUCUCUCUCUCUGAUACGAUCUCUGAUGCUGCCAAGUCACUCACAUCACUGCAGCACCCCAAACCAUGCAAAGCUGAUGCAUUAGAGGAAUCGUCUGCCACCUUGGAUUCAGAAUAUACCAAUCAUGAAGUUUUGACAGUUACAUCUGUCAGCAGACCUGUUGAACUGGAAAGUGAAAAAAUAGCCUCACCGCAGUAUUUCAGCAUUACUGCCCAAGCGACUACACCAUCAGCCAGAAAUGCAGCUCACGGCUCAGGGGAGGGCAGGCUCAAUGUUUCUGAUGGUACUGAAGAACUGGGGUCCCUCGCGGAUGUUUCUGAUGGUACUGAAGAACUGGGGUCCCUCGCUGAUGUUUCCUAUCCACCCUGCAUGUCCAUCCUUAGCUCAGAAGUGUCUGAAGAUGCACUGGAUCAGCCUGUGAUCUCAGCCCUAGCUCCAGACAGUUCUGGGAUCUCAGCCUUAGCUCCAGACAGUUCCAUCAGCAUUGGGAGGACUCUGAGGCCAGCGGCGGUUGGCUUGAGCGUGGUGGUUUGUCUCAUCGCAGCCCUGCAAGAACCCAGUCUCUUCUUUGUGUUGGGACUCUCCUUAGUAGUACAUUGUUUCUGAGCCAUCUUCCUUUCUUCCUUUACUUUUAUCUCCGAAAGUGCCUUAUUGAUAAUUCCAAAUCAAUCGCCAACAUGCAUUGCAAAGCUUAAAUUGUGUUUUUUGUUUCUUUCAUUAAUGUUUAUAAGCUCAUAAGCAUAAUUAAGGAACGCAAACCUUAUCUUUUCUUUAGUGAUAGUUCAAUACAUCCUCAUCUCUCCUAACUCUGAUUCCUAACCUAGGCAGAGGUUCAGUCACAUUUCUAUAUCAGUCAAGGUUUUUUUUUGCAUACAUAAGUAGUUUAGUUCCACAUGUCUAACAACAAACAACACAACAACAAAAUAUGCAUUACUGUACAGUGUACACAAUUCAGUACUCAUACAGUGGGGAAAAUAAGUAUUUGAACCCCUGCCGAUUUCGCAAGUUU